AUGAAGAGUCAUGUGGAAAAGAUCAUACUUCAAGGGCUUAGCAUGCCAGAGAAAAUGCUUUUGAACCUUCCUAACCCCAAGUUGCAUCUGAAGAUAUUCUCUUCCGGUAUUGAAAGUAGUAUGUCUUUCAAAUUGGGAAUGUCUUUUUCUGCAAGAAUUAAUGAGAAUGCUCCCCAAUCCAAAACCUCAAAAAAUGGUGGCACAAAGUUGUCAGAUAUAAUCACAGGCACGCACUCAUAA